UGUUAUCUGACAACCCUACCAUCUCUCUAUCUCUCUUCUGCAUCCCCAUAACUCUCUAAUUUUCUAGUCUUAUCUCCUUUAAACUAUUCACUAACUCACUCACUGUCCCCUUUAUGCUACAAAAAGCUCUUUCUUCUCCUUGUUGUAGAUAGUAGAUACUCUUCCCAAUCAGUUACAUAACAUAAUAUCACUUCACAACCCUGAAGUUUCUUUCCUACUAUGUUUGUUAUGUGACAGUAUCAUGAUCAGGCAAUCAAAUUGUCACAUUUGAUCUAAUCCAAUUGCCAUCUGGAAAAGAAGUUAACUCUUAGAAGAUUCAUAUAAAUGAUGACUCCAAACUUGAACUUGGAACCUGAAAAUCAUUCAGAAGGGUGCAGCCAAGUAGUUUCCAAUAAUACAUCCUUCCAAGAAACACCUCAUGAUCUUACAAGAAACAGAAAUACCACAGAAGCGGAUCUACGUUCGAUUACCCUUGACUUGACACUGAAUUUCAGUUCCAAUGAUAGCGAAUUGAAGGGUUCAAGUGAUGCUAGCAGUGAAGUAGGAGCUUCUGAAACUGCUAAUCCUUCUGCACCGGUUACUCCUCGGGUUUUCUCUUGUAAUUACUGCAGGAGAAAGUUCUUUAGCUCACAAGCAUUAGGUGGUCAUCAGAAUGCUCACAAAAGGGAAAGAACAAUGGCGAAACGUGCAAUGAGAAUGGGAAUGUUCACUGAAAGGUAUACAAGUUUGGCAUCUCUGCCUCUUCACGGUUCACCUUUUCGGUCACUUGGUGUUGAAGCUCAUUCUGCAAUGCAUCAAAGAAGGCAUAUGCUAUCACCAUCAUCAAUGAGGACUCCUGAUAUGAGAGCUGCAGCGAAAUUCGAUAAAAAUCAUUUUGGAUCAUUAGUUUUCAUGGAAGAUGAUGAUGUUGGUUGCUUUUGGCCUGGAAGUUUCAGACAAGUGGAACAAGGAGCUUGUGUUAAUAUGGAACAUCCUCAAACUACAAAUUCUAGUUUUGUUCCAAUUGUGCCUUCUCCUCUUCCUCCACCACAAGCAUCUACAUCUCCUGAUCUCACAUUGAAGCUAUAAUAUGAUUUUAGAAAUGAUACAAAAACAGGUAUCCAUCCUCAAUGCAGAAGUAAGAGACUAAUCCUUUGGAGUAAGAAGAUUCAUUUAUGGGGUUGACUUCUCCUAAUAAAUGUUUUUCUAUAUUCACCAGUCAUAAAUCAUUUUUAUGACUACAUGUUUAAUGAACUUGACUAUCUGUCAACCGUGACACACUAAGUUGAUAGGUGUUUAUCUGUGAAUGCAUCAUUUAUCUUAAGAUUAUUUGUCUUUGAUCUCAUUCAAUAUAGACAUGAAAUUAUUAAUUAAUAGGGCGUGCAAUGUAUUGUAUGUAUAGUGAGAUGUGUAUUAUUUCCAAUGGCAACUUUAGCUUAUUUUAAUUUCACAUUAUUAAUGGUUUCCUCUAAA